AUGGGGCUGGCCGGCAGGGCUGCGGGGAGAGGGGGCACUCCGAACGGGGUGCUCUCCUCCCUACUGAGGGUUGUCUUGCUCUUUUUGGGACUCUUGGAUGUCCAGGCGCAAACCGUCGCGAACAACAACAACAACAAACCUGUUUACAUCUGGCAAACAGGGCCGUGGGGCAGGUGUAUGGGUAGCGAGUGUGGUCCAGGGGGAAGCCAGAGCCGGGCAGUGUGGUGUGCCCAUUCAGAGGGUUGGACCACGCUACACACCAACUGCCUGCAAGCGGAGCGCCCCAACAACCAGCAGAGUUGCUUCCGUGUUUGCGACUGGCACAAGGAGCUGUAUGACUGGCAGCUGGGCGCUUGGAACCAAUGCGUGCCCGUCUCGCUGCGCAGUCCCGGUGUGCCACGGCCGGCCGUGUGCACGCGUGGCGAGGAGGGCAUCCAAACCAGAGAGGUAGGCUGCGUGCAAAAGGCUGAUGGGGCGCCCGCUGAGGAUGCCAUCUGCGAAUAUUUUGAGCCCAAGCCUCGACUGGAGCAGGCCUGUCUCAUUCCUUGCCCUCGUGACUGUGUGGUGUCUGAAUACUCCGCCUGGACCUCCUGCUCCAAGACUUGUGGACUGGGCCUACAGAACCGCGUUCGCACCGUGCUGGCACCGCCGCUGUUUGGCGGCUCAGCGUGCCCGAACCUCACCGAGUUCCGGACCUGCCAGCCGGGCCCCUGCGAGGGAGAGGAGAGUCUCUACAGCCUGAGGGUUGGCCCUUGGGGACCCUGUUCUUUACCACCUACCCGCCUGGCGAGACAAGCCCGCCAAGCCCGCCAACCCAAACGUCGAAAGAACAAGGAAAAUAAGGAGAACAAGGAGCGAGUUCGUGAGAGGGUUCGGGAGAGGGGACGAGUGAAGGACCCGGAGACCCGGGAGCUCAUCAAGAAGAAACGGACUCGGAACCGACAGAACCGACAAGGGGCAAAGUUCUGGGACUUGCAGGUGGGCUACCAGACUCGUGAAGUGACGUGUGUGCACAGGAGCGGAAGCACCGCAGCACUCAGCUUGUGUAGUCAAGAGACUCUCCCAGUGACAUUCCAGGCUUGUGUCAUGACUAAGGAUUGUGAAGUGUCUGGUUGGUCUGAUUGGUCAGCCUGCUCGAAGGAUUGCUAUGACUUAAACGGACCCAAGGGAGAGCGAAAACGAACCCGUCAGGUGAAGCAGUUUCCCGUGGGUGGGGGCAUGGAGUGUCCGGAACUGGAGGAAACAGAACCUUGCUCUCCUCAGGGAGAAGGGAUUCCACCAUGUGUGGCAUAUAGCUGGAGAACUACAGAAUGGAGCGAAUGCAGGGUGGAUGUGCUCCUGAGCCAGCAGGACCGUCGCCGGGGCAACCAGACAGGGCUGUGUGGGGGUGGCAUCCAGAGCAGGGAGGUGUACUGUGUUCAAAACCCCAACGAUCCACCCUCCAACCUCAGCUCACUGAAGAGCAAAGAAGCUUCCCGUCCCGUGGACAGUGACCUGUGUUUGGGAGUGCCCCCUAACACCACUCAGCUUUGCCACAUACCCUGUCCAGUGGAGUGUGAGGUGUCCUCCUGGAGCGCCUGGGGCCCCUGCACCUUUGAGAACUGUCAGGACCAAGCAUCCAAGAAAGGUUUUAAACUGAGGAAGAGGAGGAUUGUGAAUGACCCCACUGGAGGGACAGGAAAUUGCCCCCACCUGACAGAAGCUAUACCGUGUGAAGACCCGAGCUGCUACGAUUGGCUGCUGCUGAAGCUGGAGGAGUGUGUCCCAGACAACGACAGACAGUGCGGCCCUGGAACCCAGAUCCCGCAAGUGCAGUGUGUUAACAGUGACGGUGAAUAUGUAGACAGGCAGUUCUGUCGGGACGCCAUCCUACCCAUGCCUGUUCUGUGUGAGGUCCCCUGUCCAAAGGACUGUGUACUAAGCCCCUGGACCCCCUGGUCCCUGUGCUCUCAUACCUGCUCAGGGAAGAACACUGAGGGCAAGCAGACCAGAGCACGCUCCAUCCUAGCUUAUAAUGCUGGGGAAGGUGGACUCCAGUGUCCCAACAGCAGUGCUUUGCAGGAGGUUCGCAGCUGCAAUGACCAUCCGUGCACCGUCUACCACUGGCAGACAGGUCCCUGGGGCCAGUGCAUCGAGGACACCUCCAUCCCCACGGCCAACGGUUCACUGAGCCGCGCAGGGGCAGGCGUUGCAGGCUCCGAGGCGUCCUGCUCCGUCGGCAUGCAGACGCGGAAAGUUAUCUGUGUCAGAGUCAACGUUGGCCAGGUGCCACCCAAGAAGUGUCCAGAGAGUCUGCGUCCGGAGACAGUGCGGCCGUGUCUGCUGCCCUGUAAGAGAGACUGCAUCGUCACCCCUUACAGUGACUGGACUCCAUGCCCCACUGUUUGCCCUACAGGGGGAGGGGCAAAGAAGAAGCAGUCCAGGAAACGGAUCAUCAUUCAGCUGCCUGCCAACGGGGGCCAGGACUGUCCAGAGGUGCUCUUCCAGGAGAGGGACUGUGAGGCCCCUUCUUCCUGCCCAGGCUACAGAUGGAAGACACACAAGUGGCGGCGGUGCCAACUGGUUCCCUGGUCCAUUCGGCAGGACAGUCCUGGAGCCCAGGAGACCUGUGGACCUGGACUGCAGGCUCGAGCUGUGUCAUGCCGUAAACAGGAUGGUGGGCAGGCGGACAUGAGCUUAUGUUUAAAGUUUGCCGGGCCCAUGCCCUCUCUCACCCAGGCCUGCCAGCUCCCAUGCAAGGAUGACUGCCAGCUGACGAGCUGGUCCAAGUUCUCAUCUUGUGCAGCUGACUGUGUGGGCGUUCGAACCAGAAAAAGGGCACUUGUGGGCAAAAGCAAAAAGCAGGACCAGUGUAAGAACACUCAGCUUUACCCACUGAGUGAGACACAAUACUGCCCCUGCAACAAAUACAACGCCCAGCCUGUGGGAGACUGGUCUGACUGCAUCCUACCCGACGGAGGGCGAGUGGAGGGUAUUCUGGGCAUGAAGGUGCAGGGUGACAUAAAGGAAUGUGGGCAAGGUUACCGUUACCAGGCCAUGGUGUGCUACGAUCAGGACAACCGUAUAGUGGAGACCUCACGCUGCAACAGCCAUGGUUACAUUGAGGAGGCCUGCAUCAUCCCAUGCCCGUCUGACUGCAAGUUAAGUGAGUGGUCAAACUGGUCACGCUGCAGCAAAUCCUGUGGCAGCGGAGUGAAAGUUCGCUCAAAGUGGCUCAGAGAAAAACCGUACAACGGAGGACGUCCCUGCCCGAAACUUGACCACGUCAAUCAGGUAUAUGAGGUGGUCCCAUGCAUGAGUGACUGUGGUCAGUACGUCUGGGUGGCAGAACCUUGGAGUGUAUGGAAGGUCAGCAACGUGGACUUAAAAGAGAACUGUGGGGAAGGCGUCCAGACCCGAAAAGUCAGAUGUAUGCAGAACACAACUGAUGGACCGUCAGACCCAGUUGAGGACUACCUGUGCGACCCGGAGGAAAUGCCACUGGGAGCCAGAGAGAACAGGCUGCCUUGUCCAGAAGACUGUGUUCUUUCCGAUUGGGGAUCCUGGAGCCGAUGCCCACUGCCAUGCAAUGGGAACAGCACACGAGAAAGGGCAGCCAGCCCCAUUCGCCAGCCAGGAGAGGGGAAAGGAUGUCCAUCGACCAGACAGAAAGAGCCCUGUAGCUUGAACAACAACUGCUUUCACUACUCCUAUAACAUCACAGACUGGAGCACAUGCCAACUGAGUGAACGAGCUGUGUGCGGGAGUGGCAUCAAAACCCGUAUGCUGGACUGCGUUCGCAGCGACGGCAAAUCUGUGGACCUCAGGUUCUGUGAGGAGCUUGGCCUGGAGAAGAAGUGGCAGAUGAACGCCUCCUGUGUGGUCGAGUGCCCCAUAAACUGCCAGAUGUCGGAGUGGUCAGCCUGGUCCGAGUGCACUCACACCUGCGGCCUGGCAGGGAAGCUGGUGCGUACGAGGACAGUGAUCCAGGCGUCCCAAGGAGAUGGUCGCCCCUGUCCCUCUGGGAUGGAGCAGUGGAAGCCUUGUCCUGUGAAACCCUGCUACAGCUGGAGAUACGGUGCCUGGUCUGAGUGCAAGGCAGGGGGGGCGAGGUGCGGAGAGGGUCUGCGUUUCCGGAAUGUUUCCUGCUUUGUGUCCAACGGCUCAGGCAAGGCUGAGGGAAGCCUGGUGGAUGAGGAGUUUUGUGCCGACCUGGAGCAGACGGUGGAUGGAGACAAACAGAUCAUUCUAGAAGAGUCCUGCACUGUACCCUGCCCAGGUGAGUGUUUCCUGAUGGACUGGACCGCCUGGAGUCCGUGUCAGCUGAGCUGCGUAGGAGGUGAUGACCUGGGCUUCGGUUCCGUGCAGGUCCGUUCACGUGCCGUUUUCGCUCAGGAGGCUGAGAACCUGCUGCAGUGUCCAGAGCAGGAGUGGGAGGCGCGACCAUGCACGGAGGGACAGUGUUAUGAGUAUAAGUGGAUGACUGGUGCGUGGAAAGGCUCAUCACGCCAGGUUUGGUGCCAGCGUUCAGAUGGAUUAAACGUCACAGGUGGAUGCCCGACAACGAGCGAGCCCGUGUCAGACAGAUCAUGUGACCCAGCCUGCGACAAACCCCGUUCAUACUGCACUGAGGCUGGUAUAUGUGGGUGCGAGGAGGGCUACACAGAGGUGAUGACUUCAGAUGGACUACUUGAUCAGUGCACGGUCAUCCCGGUCCUUGAGAUCCCCACGGCAGGCGACAGCAAGGCCGACGUGAAGACCAUCCGGGCUAUCAAUCCCACUCAGCCGACCGAAAACCUACCGGGCCGCUCCGGACGCACCUGGUUCUUGCAGCCCUUUGGGCCAGAUGGCAAGCUGAAGACUUGGGUGUAUGGUGUGGCAGCAGGAGCUUUUGUACUCCUCGUGUUUAUCAUCUCGAUGACUUACUUAGCCUGCAAAAAGCCAAAGAAGCCCCAGAGGAGACAGAAUAACAGACUGAAACCUUUGACCCUGGCCUACGACGGUGAUGCUGACAUGUAG